AUGGACGACCAGACGAAACGGCUCUCGGUUGAACACCACGAAUCUAUUGGCAGGCCGUCGGACGAAAAUCCCCCAAAGAGCCUGAAAGCAGUCAAUACCAUCGAGGGCGAUGAAGCGCUUAAAGUCUUGCAAGCCUACUCCGGAGAGCAAGAAUGGACGGAUAAGGAGGAGGCCAGCCUGCGGAGGAAACUGGACUGGAGGCUCAUGCCAGUCUUGUGCGCGACCUAUGGGCUGCUCUAUUACGACAAGGCAAUGUUGUCCCAAGCGGCCCUAUUUGGUAUCAUCGACGACCUAGGCCUCGACGUCGGCAACCGCUAUUCCAUGACCGCCUCGAUCUUCUACCUCGGAUUCAUUGUCGGCGCCUACCCAACCAUGUACCUCGCCCAGCGAUAUCCUAUCGAACGUGUCGCCUCUGGAACUGUUAUCCUCUGGGGUCUCUGUCUGGUGUUGACCGUCAUCUGCAGGAACUACCAGGACAUCUAUGCGGAGCGAUUCUUCCUGGGAGCCCUGGAGAGCGGCAUCAGCCCCAUGUUCAUGCUCAUCGUCGGCUCCUUCUACAAGAAAAACGAGCAAGCCAUGCGGAUGGGAAUAUGGUACUCGUGUACCGGCUAUGUCAGCUGCAUCUCGCCUCUAAUCAACUACGGUUUCGGGUCUAUCAAGAAUAAUGCGAGUACGUGGCGGUACAUGUACUACUUUGCCGGUGGAAUGACUAUAGUAUGGGGAUUUACCCUGUAUUUUGUCCUCCUGCCAGAUCCUGUGAGGGCGAAAGGCUUCGAAGAGAGGGAGCGGUACAUCAUGGUCGCUCGGCUGCGCACCAACAACAGCGGCGUGAGGAACACGCACUUCAAGGGCAGCCAGGCGGUAGAAUUGGCGACGGAUCCAAAGUUCUGGUUGAUGUUCUCGAUCGCCUUCCAGGCUCCCAUCUCGACCUUUACGCCCAUCAUCAUCCGAGGCUUCGGGUUCAGCGGACUCAACGCCCUGCUCCUGGUGAUCCCCAUCGGGUUCUACGCCGGAAGCGUGCAGCUCCUGAUGCCAUUCUUGGCAUACAAGUUCAACAAUAUCCGGGCGUACCUCUACGUGGUGGCACAGGCGCUGACGGUCGCUGCUGCGAUCAUGCUCUGGCAGGUGCCGCUCUCAGCCAGAGGGGCGCUGCUGUUCGCGUGCAUCCUGCUGCCGUCAACUGGUGGCGGGUACGCCGUGCUCAUGGGCCAAUCGCUGGCAAACACUGCUGGAUACACAAAACGAUCCCUUUCCUCUUCCGGCUUGUACAUUGGGUAUUGCUUAGGCAAUUUCUUCGGACCUCUUGCAUUCCACGUCAGUGAUGCUCCAAGGUACCCCAAAGGCUUCAUCGUGGUUGUUGUCACGGCCAUAGCAGCGGGCGUCGGCAUCAUGCUCUACCGCUUGCUGUGCGUGUGGCACAACCGCAAGCGCGACGAGUCAGGCAUCAUGGAGGGCUUCGAGCACGCCUACGAGGACGACGUUACAGAUAUGAAGAACCCGCAAUUCCGGUACAUCCUGUAG